UCCUUACGACGUUUGUUGCCCAUGUCACGUCUCUGUGCUAAGAUACGCAAUGAUCGUGCACCAGUAUUGUGGCAACUUUUUAGGCGGAUCGUAUUUAAACAAUAAGCUGUCAAAAUCAGUCCCGCACCACCGUCCAGUGCAUUACCCAAGCCACGACACAACCGAUUCGAACCAUGAGCAACAAUGAGAUCGUACCACGUUUAAAAUGGCCCUUUGUCGAAGUGCUUUCUGACGAACACACACGAGGCUUAGAAACCGUCAACGUCUAUGCAACUAAGGUUGAGCCAAAAGAAACUAAACAAAUCUUGGGGUUUGUUCAAAAGCAUCUUCCACCAUUAAAAAAUCUCGAGCAUUGCCGACGAGUUCGAAGGACAACUCUAUCAGAUUCAAAUUUUGAAUUAACGCUUUUAUUAUGUCAAGAGAGCGCAUUAUCUUCGGAAGAAAUACACAAACGGGCAGCAGAGCAGGGAUUAGACAACAGGAUACAAAUACAAAUAUUAGCAAUACCGCGUUAUGCACCACUGAAUCGAAAACAAUUUGAAGCAUGGAAGCACCUGUGGCCGCUUAUUUUUCGAGAAGACACCCGGCAGGAUCCCAAAUUUAGACAAGCGGAUAUCGCCGCCAUCGAAAGCCAUUUGCAAGAAAUUGCUGCUUUGGGUUCGGGAUCGGCAUAUGCAAGAGUCGUUGAUCCAGCCGACAACAACCGCGUCAUUGCAGAAGGAGCCGAUACACGCCUUACGUCACUUCAUCCACUCCAUCAUGCUGUCAUGAACUGCGUUGAUGCUGUGGCUGCUGUUGAAAAGGAACAGCGUGGUGCUGAAACAACAGCAGGUGGUCGACCUAAACGUAAAGCUGCAGAAAUCACAGAGGGUCCCGUAGAAGGCGGACAAGUGAAGACGGCCUAUCUCUGCACAGGUUACGAUAUGUUUAUUACACAUGAGCCAUGCGCGAUGUGUGCUAUGGCACUUGUACAUUCCAGAAUUGGUCGUGUAUUUUACAGCAUACCCACGCAGACUGGUUGCUUGGGCACCUUGUACAAAAUUCAUUCGCACUCAAGUCUGAAUCACCACUAUCGUGUGUUCAGACAGACAUUACCUUCUUCUGCCACUGAAACAGCAACUGCUACUGCUGCCACAACUACUAAUUGUACCUCCAUCACCGAGCAGUAUGCUGAUGCAGAAUAAAUGAUUUCAUCGAUUAUAAAUACACGAUGUACAACACGUUUAUCACUCUUUUUGUCUCUAGAUAAGGUUUAAAAAUAGAAUGCCAUCAUUCAUGCAACCUGUACUUUAAAUUGUAUCAUAACCUAAAGGGGAUACGGUGAUUGUCGUUGCCGCUUCAUGAAUAUAUAUGCAGGAUCCUAGUAUAUGAUCUAUUUCAUACUGCUGAUAAAUGAUGAUCGCAAUAGCAACAGAAUAGCGCUAGUAGACCAAAUAUAAAACUAUUAGGCAUACUUAUUCUCCUAGAAUUUUUCAUUUUUCUUUUCACGAUAUAUCGAAAUAACUUUGUAGCUAAUCGCAAAGACUAGCAUAAACUAUUCCUUCCCAAAGCAUUUUUUAACUAACGUACAGUAGAAAAUGUGGAAAGAAUUGCUUUCAUAUGAGGAAAUUAAUCGCUUGUCGGCAAGUUUUAAUUAGUAGCAUAUCUUAUGACUGAAUAUAAGGAACUUUGGUGAUCAAAC